AUGGCGGUGGCGCCCCAAGGGGCCUUGCCAGAGACGAUAGCGCCAUCAGGGACACUCACAGGGCCAUCGGUAGCUCAGGGGCCCUCCCAGGCACGUGAGCACCCCCAGGGGUCCUGCAAGGGGCGUUCGCGGCCCCUGGGGCCUUGCCAGAGACGGUGGGGCCCUCAGAGGCCUUGCCAGGGGCGCUAUCGUCACCAGGGGCUCUUCCUGGGACAGCAGCUCUCCCAGAGACCCUCUCAGGAGCGGUGGCGUCCACUGGGGCCAUGUCAUGGACAGCGGAGCUCCCAGGGACCCUCCCAGGGGAAGCGCCGACCCAGAAAUCGUACCAAGGGUCCCCAGGAGCCCUAUGGCUCAUCCAGGGACAUUGGCAGACUCAGGGGCUCUCCCAGGAACAGCAGCGCCCGCAGGGACCGUGCCAAAGGCGGUAGCGCAAGCCAGGACGCUCCCAGGGACAGGGACGCUCCCAAGGGCCCUCCCAGAGAUGGCGGUGCCCCCAUUGACUCUCCCAGACAUUGGUGCUCCCAGGGCCUUGCCAGGGACGGUGGCGAACCCAGGGGCCCUCCCAGGGACAGCGACGCACCCAGGGGCCCUCUCCGGGAUGGUAGCCAGGGACAGCAGAGCUCCCAGGGCUGGCGCCGACCCCAGGGACCGUACCAAGGGUCCCGGUGGGCCCUACGACAUGCUUAA